UUUUUAUCGUUCGAUAUGUUGUUACAUAUUUUCGUGAUAGGGUUUUGUUUGAAUAUAAGUGUGAGCGGACAAGGUUUACUUCCUAACGGGGAUCCCUUUUUUUGUGUGCCACCUGGAAUAUGUCCAGAUUCUGGAGGAAUCGACCCAAGAAUUAUGACACCAACUGGAACGAACACUCCCGGUCUAGCCACAUGUCCUGUGGGAAGGGUACCAUGUUAUGCGCAGGGAAGUAUGAGCAACUGCGGUUUGAGAUUGGUGAGGGUUCCGAAUGCUCCAGAUGGCGAAGCUCCAUAUGGCGCUUAUCCUUGGCAAGCGUUCAUGGCAGGACCCAGUGGAAACUUCAUAGGAAGCGGAUCUUUACUCAGCCCUUACCACGUCCUUACAGCUACUCAUAAAGUUUUACAAUACGUAGCGAACCCAUCGCAACUGACCGUCAUUAUGGGCGUCAACGAUCCAGCAAGAAUAAAUGCUACAAACCCUAGAUCGAGAGCAGCCCAGAUUUUCAUAUUCAACGCCACGACUUACAACAAUUCAACGCUCAAGAAUGACAUCGCCAUUGUAAGACUGGCGACACCUAUAAGUCUGAUAGGACAGACUUCCGUGAAUACGAUCUGCCUACCAGCUGCUACUUCAAACGCCACAACCUACAUGAGACCUCAAAGGUGCUUAGUCUCUGGAUGGGGUCAAACGCAACCCACCCUUACGGCAGUUCCAACGAGGCUGAAGCAGGUUGCCCUCACGACUACCGAUAUAGCAACUUGCGCGAGAGGUUUUGCAGGAAUAGUCAACACGGCUGUCUACUUGGACCAGACGGGUGGUCAGUUAUGCGCUGGUGGCGAAGCCCAGAAGGAUGCCUGUUUCCAAGAUGGCGGCGCGCCUCUGACAUGCGGGGCAGGUACAGUCUCUUCGAGAUACGUAGUGGCCGGUAUAGUCAUCUGGGGAAAGAGUUGCGGUCAACCGGGAGUAUUCGGAGUCUACACAAAUGUACCAUUUUACUACAGAUGGAUAGUUCAAGUGAUUACGCAAAGGAUAACAUGAGAUGGGGCAGUUUUCUAGA